UUAUUUCAAAUUAAUAGAUUUUUAUUUUCCUACAAAAAAGAAAACAAUAAAUUUCCACUCUCUUCCUCUCUCCCACUUGUAAUUCACAUUUUAUUCUACACCCCAUGGCUUCUCCUCCCUCAUUUCUCUCCCUCCUUCUUCUUCUUAAUUUUGUUAUCACAGCUGCCACCAUCUCCACCACCAACUCUUCGACUGCAAUGCUACGAACGUACCCCGGAAAACACAUUGUCCGAGCCAAGAGCAACCCAAGAUGCGAGAGCUGGAAGUUUGCUGUGGAAGUGAAUGCAGCAGGAUCGUGGAAGUCUGUUCCAGGGACGUGCAUUGCAUUCGUCCGAGACUAUUUCAACAGUGAUAGAUAUCUAUCGGACUCUCGAACGGUGGUGAAUUACUCGUUGAGCUUUGCUAAUUCGGUCAAAUUCAACAGAAAGGACAAGGGGAGGAAUGCUUGGGUUUUUGAUGUGGAUGAGACACUGCUUUCCAAUUUGCCAUAUUAUAGAGUUAAUGGAUACGGGUCUGAAGCUUAUAAUAAUACAGCAUUCAAUGAGUGGGUGAAUAAGGGUUUGGCUCCUCCAUUGCCAAUGAGUUUGAGAUUAUACAAAAAGCUCAAACACCUUGGGUUCAAGAUUUUUCUUCUGACUGGACGAGGAGAAUCUCAAAGAAAUGUCACACAACGAAACCUUCUUGAAGCUGGCUAUUUUGGUUGGGACAAGCUUAUCUUCAGAGGAGCUGCAGAUGAGGGAAAGAAAGCUGCAGUAUACAAAUCGGAGAAAAGAGGUGAAUUAGUUAAAGAAGGUUAUAUAAUCCAAGGAAGCUUAGGAGAUCAAUGGAGUGAUUUGAUUGGCUUUGCUCUCCCUAAUCAAUCAUUCAAACUCCCUAAUCCAAUGUAUUACAUUCCAUAAACUUGAUCAUUACAACUUUUCCUUUGCUUAUCAUAAUAACUCUUUUUUAUUUUAUUUCAA